AUGGCGGUGUGCGCUCGCCUCUGCGGCGUGGGCCCGUCGCGGGGAUGCCGGCGCCGCCAGCAGCGCCGGGGCCCGGCCGAGGCGGCAGCGGCCGACAGCGAGCCGGACACGGACCCCGAGGAAGAGCGCAUCGAGGCGGGCGCGGCGGCGCUGGCCGGGGCGGGGGACGGCCGGAGCGCGGGCCCCUCGUCGCCCCCGCGCUGCUCGCUGCUGGAGCUGCCGCCCGAGCUGCUUGUGGAGAUCUUCGCUUCGCUGCCCGGCACCGACCUGCCCAGCCUGGCCCAGGUCUGCACCAAGUUCCGGCGCAUCCUGCACACCGACACCAUCUGGAGGCGGCGCUGCCGCGAGGAGUACGGCGUUUGUGAAAACUUGCGGAAGCUGGAGAUCACGGGCGUGUCUUGUCGAGACGUCUACGCGAAGUUGCUUCACCGAUACAGACACAUUUUGGGACUGUGGCAGCCAGAUAUCGGGCCGUAUGGAGGACUGCUGAACGUGGUGGUGGAUGGCUUGUUCAUCAUUGGCUGGAUGUACCUGCCUCCCCACGACCCACAUGUGGACGACCCGAUGCGGUUCAAGCCCUUGUUCCGAAUCCACCUGAUGGAGAGGAAGUCGGCCACGGUGGAGUGCAUGUACGGCCACAGGGGGCCCCACAAUGGCCACGUCCAGAUCGUGAAGAAGGACGAGUUCUCCACCAAGUGCAACCAGACGGACCACCACAGGAUGUCUGGUGGGAGGCAGGAGGAAUUCCGCACGUGGCUGAGGGAAGAAUGGGGGCGGACGCUGGAGGAUAUUUUCCACGAGCACAUGCAGGAGCUCAUCCUGAUGAAGUUCAUCUACACCAGUCAGUACGACAACUGCCUGACCUACCGCCGCAUCUACCUCCCGCCCAGCCACCCGGACGACCUGAUCAGGCCUGGCCUCUUCAAGGGCACCUACGGCAGCCACGGCCUGGAGAUCGUCAUGCUCAGCUUCCACGGGAAGCACGCCAGGGGCACGAAGAUCACGGGUGACCCCAACAUCCCUGCCGGGCAGCAGACAGUAGAGAUCGACCUCAGGCACCGCAUCCACCUGCCCGACAUUGAGAGCCUCCGCGACUUUAACGAGCUCUCGCGCAUCGUCCUGGAGGUGCGCGAGCAGGUGCGCCAGGAGCAGCAGCAGGAAGGUGGGCCCGAGGACGCCGCGGGCCUCGGCCGGCAGAGCCCCCAGCCCUGCGCGGAGCCACCCGCCGAGCAGGCCAAGGGGCCCGGGGAUGGAGGGGCCGAGGCCGCGGCUGAGCCGCCCGCCCAGUCGGGGCAGGGGCAGCCGUUUGUGCUGCCGGUGGGCGUGAGCUCGAGGAACGAGGACUAUCCCCGGACCUGCAGGAUGUGUUUCUACGGCACGGGCCUCAUCGCCGGCCACGGCUUCACCAGCCCCGAGCGCACCCCCGGGGUCUUCGUCCUGUUCGACGAGGAUCGCUUUGGGUUCAUCUGGCUGGAGUUGAAGUCCUUCAGCCUAUACAGCAGGGUCCAGGCCGCCUUCCGGAAUGCGGACGCCCCGUCCCCACAGGCGUUUGAGGAAAUGCUCAAGAACAUCCAGUCCCUCGCCUCCUGAUGGCCCACCGCCCCGCGGCGGGCGGCCCGGGCUGGGAGGGCAGCAGUGUGCGCUCAGGAGACGCGGCCUCUGACCGGAACACCCACCUCCUCGUAGGAGCCUCUGCGCGGCCUCCCCAGACGCUUUCCGUGGACGCCCACAUAUCUGCCAGUAGCAAUGGGAAAGCUGAGCAUGUCUGAAACAAACAACAGAACCAGAACAAACCGCCUUAGAGGACGGGCUGCAGGGCACGUAGGUGACUGAACUGGAGAAAUUGGCCAUUGUCUAGGGAAAACAAAAUCCUCCUCCAGGGAGGUUCACAACGCAACAGAGUCUGUUGCCUCCAGCCGAUGGAAGGGGUCAUGGGUGAGGUGUGCGGGCUCCACCAUCCCCUCUGCAGGAAGUGAGCCAGAGGGCCUUGGUGCCUUCGACACAGCCUGGGCAGGUGGGGCACUGUGUGUGGAAUAAGGGCUCCAGGGAGUCGGGCUUGGGACCCACUUCUCUACCGACUUGCUUGGAUUUUGGACAAAGGCAUUUCACCCCGAUCUCAGUUUCCAAAUCAGUGGAAUGGGGCCAGUGAUACGGGUCACUAGGGAACGCCACUGCAGGCCUUCCAGCAGCUCGGAGGCCCUGCAAGCACCGCCCGAGCCCGGUCCCUGCGGUGCGGUGUGCCUGCCUGGCCUCUCAGGCUCUAGAACCUAGACCUUCACUGCGGCAGUUCAGAUAGGCAUUCACUUAGUUCACGCCUUGCCCCUGCCCCGCACUCACCGGUGUCAGACCCUGAGCUGCAGCCGCUGGUCUCAGAACCAGGACAGGGCACCCUCUGAGAUGACCUGCGUCUGUUCCUCCUGCUUGCUUUACACAGGUGCCGCUCUGAGAGGGGCGAAGCAGCAGAAGGGGUUGUGCCAGGUGAGCGUGGCGUCCCUUUGUGGGGGGUGGGGGGGGGCUUUCUGGACGCUGCACGUAGGGAGCGCACUUUAGAGACCAGGACCCUCAGGGAGCCUCCAGCAUGCAGACCCUCCCGCUGGCAUCGUCCCUGUGUCACGUUGACCCCUUCAUUUGGGGACCCCUGUGAGCUCGCUCUGAUCUUGCUGUCUCCUGAAGAGCGGAGCCCCGCGUGCCUGUGCACAGACCUGCUGGAGUUCUGUUCAGCCCUCCCUCCAGGCUGCACCUGCCUACCAGGGCGUGUGGCUUCCCGGGGUGGACGGACUCUGUUCCUUCCCAGUUGCUCGUCCUUGUCGGCUGGACUGCGCUGAGCCCUCACACUGGGGGCGGGGGCCCCAGGGAAGGGGCAGCUUUGUGGUGCCUUUAUGUAGAGACCAACCUGAGGUGUCCCAUGAAGCGUGGCCCGUGUCUCGUGAUGGCGCUCUCCCUGACCAGCCCUUUUCUAAAACAACAACCCCCACCGCCCCCGCUGCAGCACAUUUGGCGACCCUGGCCUUCCUUUGCUCCCAGAAUCACAGAAGCAGCCAGCUCUGUGCAUGGCCUUGAAGCGCAGGCUGGGCCUCCCCGGAGGCUCCGUGGGGCUGCCCUGGGCACGCCGGGCACUGUCGGCCGUCUCGUCCGAGGCACGUAGGCCCCCCUCCCAGACCCUUCCAGCAGGACCCGGGGUCGGGUGGGAACGUGGUCCCAGCUCCCGCGUCUCUCGAAGGACUGAGCCUCAGAGCCUGAGGCCGCUCCCUCCCUCUCACAACGUGGCUGUUCUUCUCUCGUGCCAAGCAUGGCCGUCCCCAACGGUGACGACUGGCCGCAAAGCCUUGAGGACCGUGAAAACGGAGGACAGCUGGGCUAGGCUGUUCCUCUCUAGAUUUCAUCAUUGUUUAAAUAAAAUCAAGAAAAUGCGUAUUUUACCCAGAGCCAAGGGACCGUCUCCCUCUGAGGCCCCCAGUGUUGCAAAGCGCACACAGAUCGAAGACGAGCACUUCUGAUUAAAAACCAGUCUCAAACCAAAUGCUGUUCUGCCUCUAGUGUCUGGCCUACACAUGGUUUCCACUAACAGUGACUAAAAUAACCCUGGUCUCUUGGCUGCGUUCACGUUGGCCUCUGUGUCUGGUGUCAGGCGGGGCCCCUGGGCCUGUGGGUGGGGUCUGUCUAGCUGGCAGUGGCCGGGGUGACGCCAGGCAGGUCAGCAGCAAUGAAGGGUGAGGGCUUGUCAUCCGCACAGCCGGUCAUGCAGAGGUCCCCCAGUCUGACCCGUGCUCAGCCAGCUCUUGAUGUCAGUAGGUGAGGUGUAGGGACAGUGGCGGUUCUGUGCACAAAGCGGGCACUGGCCGCUCCCCUUCCUGGCAGACGGUCAACCAGCUCAGGAGGGGAACUUCCAACCAGUUAACUUGUAGGCGAGGAUUCAAAAAGGCUGACGUCGUUGUCCGAGGCCUCAAGGCAACCGGGCUUUUGAAAAAUCAGGUUCCAGUGGUGCACUCGACCCAGGUUAGGGGCUGGCAGCGUCCACGUGGGGCUUGAUCUGGGGGUGGUGGGUGGACCUCGGAGGGUCUUUAGAUGUUUCCCAUGGUUGGCACCGCCUUCACUGCCACUUUGCUGCCGUGAGGUUGGGGAAGGAAGCUCAGGUGCACCUCUGUGUACCUGGGCGGGCUCCACGCUCUGCUAGUCGAUUGGAAAUGAUGUGAUUGGAGAUUUCAGACACGGGUCACUGGCGAUUUUCCCUGUUGGGGCUGAGCGUUUUUUGGUGUGAGGCUGUGGGAAAUGACCUUAUUUUUUGGCCGUGGGACGUGGGCCUGGCCCCUCCUCCAAUACAGUCCAGCUCACUGGCUGGUGCUCACAGCCACAGCCGCCCUGCUCUGCCCCUUGCCCCCUCCUGCCCCGACACCAGGCUGCUCAGUGCCAGGUGCCUGCGUCCCUGGCCAACGCGGAGGGCGGGAGAGUGCACAGCGGUCUAACUAGCUACAUUCCCGCUUCCUGCAGAACAAGCGCAGGGGUGCAGUUGUCCUGCCAGACUUUCUAACUGAGUUGUUUCCAGAUGACCAGACCCCUCCCUUAGCCAGCUGCCCUCUCGGCCUGACACCUUCAGGGCUGGUUGCAGUGUGCGGGUUGCCCAGGUUGCACAGCUGCUGCUGUGAGGACACUUCAGUGCUUGUGAGCUGAGCUGAAGAGGAUCAGAAACCUGCUCAGCCCUUUGUCAUUCGGGGAAUUUCCUAAGCUCCUUGUGACCACGGUGUCUCGAGUGUAGACUGGGAGCACCUGACUGUGACUUAGUAGCCAUGUUCUUUUGGAUACUUUCAAGAAUGCCUACGGGAAUGUUCUCAUAUAACCCUCACCUGCCUUGAGGAUAAGAUGACCCAAUUCAUGGUCCAUCCCAGUGUUAACGUAGGCCAACUUCUCUGUCUUUACUUUUGGGAGAAGAUCUGAAGUGUAAUUUGUAUGUUCUCAGAACAAUUUAGAGACAGAAGAAAGCCACAAUGCCGUCAGUUUGCCUGAUGCCGUGCAUGGGAACCAUACGGAGCGGUGUCGUUUACAGCUGGGUGGCCUGCAGGCCAGCCUUCCGUGGGGCCAAGGUGACCAGCAGUGGCACCUGAGGCUCGGACAGAAAGGCAGCCCCUCUUCUGGGUCCUUUCUGUGCUCGCCGGGAGAGCAGCCAGAGCACGUGAAGGGAUCAGAACAUUUUGCUUUUUUAGCUUAAUUCAGUACUUUUGGUGGUUGUUUGAGAUCAUACAGUCCGCUUGGAGAAGAAAAACUUUCAUCCUGUGUGAUCUUGAAACCCCACCCCGUGAGUGAGAAAGACAAGAGUGGAGAUGGAAAGAGUUGUGGUCGCUCUCAGGCAUCCGCUCGGGCUUGCCAGGUGCGGCUGGGGCAGGGCCAGGACCCGAGGAAGCAGCUGCCGCGAGCCUGGGCCCCGGCUUGUGACCCGGACACGACAACCAUGCGGGGUUGUUGCUCCAUAAAGCAGCUUCUGAAAUCUUA